AAGAAAAUUAGACGAAAAAUGGCGAAAUUUACUUUAACAGCCAACAGUUUGGAAAAGGUAAUGUCGGGACUGCCCUGCGAGAAACCUGUGGUGCAAGUCUUGGGCCACAAAAAGAUUGUUGGGGCGGGCCAGGGCCCGGAAAGGUUCAGGUUGUUGCUCUCGGAUGGGGUCCACACUGUCUCAUCCGUCAUGCUGGCCACUCAGCUGAAUGACAAAGUGACCAGUGGUCAGAUCGACAUCAAUGCAGUCGUCAGGCUAGAUAAGUACAUCUGUAAUAUCAUUCAAGCUGAGAAACGUGUUGUGGUUGUCCUAGAGUUGACAGUGCUGGGCGUGAGUUCAAUUGUAGGUGGAAAGAUUGGUAAUCCCCAGCCAUACAAGCAGCAAGCAGCUGGUGAACUGACCAAUAGCAAUGUGACAGCUGCUACUGCAGCUGCUGAUCUGAGGCAGCAGUUACCUCUGCAAGCACAGAACAACAACAGUAAUAAUAAUUCUGGUUUCAGCGGCAAAAGCCAAUUUGACAACACCUCAGCCAAGCAACAACAACAGAGGACACAAUCAUCAACUUCGUCAUCUGUGUCGCAACAGAUUAACAAAAACAAUUCAUCCAUGCUGGACACCCCUUCAAAGAUCACUUCCAUUUCUUCACUCAACCCAUAUCUUAACAGAUGGACUAUAAAAGCGAGAGUGACCCAGAAAUCCUCAAUAAAAACCUGGAGCAACUCAAAAGGUGAAGGUAAAUUGUUCUCGAUGAAUCUCAUCGACCAGUCGGGCGAGAUCCGAGCCACCUUGUUCAAAAACGAGGUUGACAAGUUCUUUGAUAUGAUAGAAGUCAACAAGGUGUAUUUCAUAAGGAAGGCCCAAUUGAAAAUAGCCAACAAGCAGUUCUCCAACCUGAACAAUGAUUUUGAACUGACAUUCACUGGUGAGACGGAGGUGAUCCCAUGUGCUGAUGGUGAGGAUUGUGAUGAUGACGGCCAGCAACUUCCUUCCAUCAGUUUCAAUUUUGUCGGAAUUGACAAGUUUGAACAAAUGCAGCCGAAUGUUAUCGUCGAUGUGAUAGCAGUUGUGAAGGACUGUGGCGACUUGAAGGUCGUGACCCAGAGACAAUCAAACAAGGAGAUCAAGAAGAGGGACAUCACACUCGUUGACCAGAGCAAAGUUCAAGUUACACUGACACUUUGGGGAGAUUAUGCCGAAUCUUUCAAGGCUGAAGGCAAUCCUGUUUUAGCCAUCAAGGGCGUCCGUUUAACUGAUUUUGGAGGUCGUUCUCUCAGCCAGUCAAACAAUUCACAAAUACUGGAGAACCCAGACUUCCCUGAAUGUCAUUCACUGAGAGGCUGGUUCGAUAAUGUCGGUUGCAGUGCCGAGUACUCCGAGUACAAGAAAGAACAGACCUCUUCAUUUGGGGGACCUCUGCUCUACAAGACGAUGCUGGAGUCAAAGAAUGAACUGCAUGAUGGUGAGGCUGCCAACUAUUUCAUGGCUACUGCCACCAUUCCUGUCUUCAAGAAAGACAACAGUCUUUACAAGGCCUGCCCCCAGCCAGAUUGCAACAAGAAGGUAGUAGAUUGUGGCAACUCUUCUUACAGAUGUGAAAAAUGCUCCAAAGAGUUUGGCACGUUUAAGUGGAGACUCAUACUCCAGAUGAACAUUAGUGACUUUACAGAGAGCCAGUGGGUGACAGCCUUCAACGAGGUCGCUGAAACCAUCCUCAACAUUAAAGCUGAUGAGUUGGGUGCUCUCAAAGAUACGGACUCCACACGAUUUGAUCAGGUUUUCACUAACGCCAGUUUCUCUACAUUUACCUUCAAGCUGAGAUCAAAAGUAGAGAAAUAUAAUGAUGAAAGUCGUUUGAAGACAGCAUGCAUACAGGCCACACCAAUCAGUUACGCUGAUGAAAACAAACGUCUGAUUUUAAUUUUGGAAAAAUAUCUACAGUGAGCGUACGUACAUACACUAUACAAAUUCCUGAGUGUAAUUCAUGUAUGUUGUUGGUGUUGACCUUUUUGUUUAUACAAAACUUUAACAUUUGACUCUUAUUAUUUGUUUGAAUAUUAUUUUGUAAUGUUUUUUUUUUACAUUUAGCACGAAGUUUGUUUGUCUUUGAUGUUGUUCAGUAUACAGUGAUUUUGGUCAUUUCUGAUUAUUUUGUUCAUUGUCUUGUUAGAAAAAAAUUAUAAUUGUGAUUUUUCUUUUAGUUUUUACAAAUUGGUUUAGAAAUUGUAAUUGGACAAUCUGAUUCGUUGCCAGAAAGGUCCUCUCAAAAUUUUUAACUGCAGUACCUAUGCGAUGUGCCUUUCCUAACAAUUACUCAAGAUAAUAAAACUAAAACUCUAUAUUAUGCUGGUAGUACCUAAAUUUAACGCAAAUUUUUUAUUAAGUUACUGUCGAUAAAAUC